ACGGCCGGAGUGAGGCGGAGGCGGUGGGACCGCGCCUGGGCCUGGGCCGGGGCCGGGGCCGGGGCCGGGGCCGGGGCCGGAGCCGGAGCCGGAGCCAAAGCCAAAGGCAGAGCCGGGGCAGGGGCAGAGAGUGCGUGUGUAGCGGCGGAGCCCCUCACAUCCACCCUCCCCGCCCGCCUCGGGGAGAUGGAGGCGGUUGCCGGGCGGCGGUGGCAGAAGGUGCUGUACGAGCGGCAGCCCUUCCCGGAUAACUACGUGGACCAGCGCUUCCUGGAGGAGCUGCAGAAGAACGUGCAUGCCCGCCAGUACCGGUACCAGGCCGUCGUCUUCCAGUCGGGAGUGGUGGCGCAGCAGCUGUGCAGCGUCUGCGUCUUUGUCGUCACCUGGUGGUACAUGGACGCUGGGAUGCUGAGCCCGCAGGGGCUUUUCGGGGCGGCCCUGGUCUCCUCCCUGCUCGGCUAUGUUCUCUUUGAUGCCGUGGACGGCGGGGCUGGGCGGUGGGAAAGCGGGAGGACACGGUGGGCUGACCUCAAGAGCACACUGGUGUUCACUGCUUUCACCUAUGGCUUCUCUCCGGUGCUGAAGACGCUUACUGAAUCCAUCAGCACUGACACUAUCUAUGCCAUGUCAGCUCUCAUGCUCCUUGGUCACCUCAUCUUCUUUGACUAUGGUGCCAAUGCUGCCAUUGUCUCCAGUACACUGUCCCUCAACAUGGCCAUCUUUGCCUCCGUGUGCCUGGCCUCCCGUCUGCCACGCUCCCUCCAUGCCUUUGUCAUGGUCACCUUUGCCAUGCAGAUCUUUGCCCUCUGGCCCAUGCUGCAGAAGAAGCUGAAAGCUCUGACGCCUCGAUGCUAUGUGGGGGUGACGGUGCUCUUUGCGCUGGCAGCACUGGCGGGGCUGGCCACCAUCUCCACUGUGGGUGCUGUGCUCUUCACCUCACUGCUGCUGGCCAUCUGCGGCCUCUGCCCUUACUGUCUCAUCCGCCUUCAGCUACUCAAGGACAACAUCCAUGGGCCGUGGGACGAGGCUGAAAUCAAGGAGGACCUUUCCAGGUUCCUUAUACCUGACCUGCUUGGUUUUGGCAAAGGAAGUAGUUGAACCUCACAGAGUGGGCAGCCCAUACAGGAGCUCAGAGACAGGUAAGUGAGGCAAGGUGUGCUCCAGCCAUGCAGACCCAUACUUGCCCUUGGGAGUGGGGGUAGAGGGGGUGUGGGCAUCCACUGAGCAGACAUGCCACUUAGAAACAUUCAUCUGACCCAGAUGCGCCCCACAGAAUGGCCAUGAAAGUCCUCAGCCCCAGGAACCUUGAUCUAUGUGAUGGGGACUGGCAGUGCUUCCCCAGGAGGGCUGAAGGAGAAGGGAAUUGGGUAAAGAUUGCUGUGGGCAGAGCAGAGGUACAGGGUGGUGAGUGCUGCUGGACCUGCAGGCCUGAGUGCGUUGGGUGAGUGCUGAUGCCAGAAUAACCUCACAACACUGCCAGACACCACAUUAACCUAAAUCCUUUAGAAGAGGGAGGUGUGAUAGGGCAGGAUGUCUUCCUGCCCUUUCUAACUCCCUUUCAGAGCUGGAUCUCACCUUGCUCCAGAGCCAGACCCCGAGCCAAAGGGAUGGAGCUCAGUGCACGCCCCUGCGACUGCACCCACCGGCUGGAUGCCAGGCUGCUUAGGACAUUGACAUGACCCAUUGCGGUCCGGUCCAGCACCGUCUGUUCAGCACCACACACACCGCAACAGAGGGCGCUCCAGGCAAACAAGUCUCGCUGGAGCUGCAGAGGCCAGACCAGCCUCCUUGGAACUUCCCUUUCCCUGCUCCCAUCAGGGACAGUCCCUUGGCUGCUUGGCCCAAGUCCAUCUGCAGCCAGCACCACGAGCGGGAUAGUGCACACACUUGCCCCAGCCCCACCACGGAAGGACGCAUUUGGCAUUACCCGGGUUUCUGUGAAACCUCUCUUGGAGAAGUACAGCUCUGAUUUACCCCAGCCCUCAGCGCUGGUGUCUCACGUCAGCCAGCAGCGCUCCUUGGGCUUUCUCGGAAAUGAGCAGUCCCCGGCGGAGUCCCCAACACCUCCAGUGCUUUGUUACAGCUCCUGCCAAGUGUUAAAUGUUGCCGUUGUCGUUAUGGUGAUGACUACAUCUCACUUUGGUUUUAAUUAAAACCUGUGGAAGUUUAGAGCCCGUGUUCCAGUCUCGCAGGGAGCGCAGAGCAGCCAGGUGCUCACAGUCCAAAUAACAUGUGCUAGUUCUGUGGAAAGAAAACUGUUUUCACAAGGUUUCACAGGAAGCUGCUCAGUGACUGGGGUGUCCAUCUUGCACUAAUGCCACUGUAAC